AUGCUCCUGAGAAGGCUUUUAUUUGCCUCUCUUUUCUGCUUCCCUCGAAGUGCUUUUGGUCAGUUCGCAGUGGAGAACGCCACAAGGCCCGGAGCGUGCUCCGUUCAGCGAAGCCUGCUACUUUGCCUGUCGCGCCGCUGUCUAGUAUGCGCCCACGCCUCACAGAACGCGCCCGAUAACAGUUUUGAUCUGAAAGGUAUGGUUCCCAAUGUAGGAGACUCUGGAUCAGAUCGCGCAAAGCGCCCGAGAGUGCGGCAGCACGUGAACCCUUUAUCGGAACACCUGCGAACUUUGGUAGAGCUUCCACCGGAAUGGCCGGUCGGAGUGUAUAACGAUCGUCGGGCACCGUUGCAUAUUGAUAUUGGUUGUGCGACCGGAACUUUUCUGCUUGAGUUAUCGCAGGAAGAUCCAAGCUACAACUAUGUCGGAUUGGAGAUUCGUCGUCCACUCGUAGAGUUCGCCAAUAUACGCGCAGAGCGCGCACACGUGGCCGACAGGGUCUUUUUCGUGUGCUGUAAUGCGAACGCUGCCAUGGAAAAAAUUAUAUCGACAUAUACAUUGGGCAUGGUGCGCCGAAUUUCGCUGAACUUUCCGGAUCCUUAUUUUAAGCGACGUCAGCACAAAAGACGCGUGGUGCAGCCUGAGCUGGUGCACUGCUUGUCGGAAGGCCUGGCCCCUGGCGCAGAAGUGGUGUGCCAAACCGAUGUAGCAGAGGUCCACGAGUAUAUCAGAGAGGUUUUCGUCAGCAGCGGAAAGUUCACCGCCGAAAACCUGAGCGAUUCUCCGUAUCCCGUGCGGAGCGAGCGUGAGAUGCGCUGCAUUUUGAACGGUCGACAGAUUUUUCGGAUUCGAUUCGUUCGGUGCUGA